AUGGGAAACACACUGACUCUGCCAUCUACUCAGCGCUCUCCAUCUACAGAAACACCUAAUAAUACUGCAGUCCCUGGUAACGCGUCCAACCAUCAACCAGACAAUACAUCAGCUACCAUUGCCUCGAUGCUGCAAACCAAUAAUACUUACUUUGGUCCUCAUUUCGUUUUUGAUAAUGAAAACCAGCAGGCACAUCCAGACCAGCCAUUACAGGCAAAUCAAGCCUUUUGGGACGAAAUCCUAAAUGUGCUUGCUGGUGGUCCUGGAGCUGCAGAAACUGAGCUGGCUGGACUUCAAAAUAUGUACAACCAGUUACCACCUGCAGAAUUAAAACGCACUACCACAUUGCAAGCACAAGUUGCAAUUCAGAAAAACACUGUGCGUUUAAUCCGAGUUCCAAACUCUUCGUCUAAUCUACACACUCUCGAGUUUUUAUACGAUUCAAUUGCAGCGUGUCAAAUCUGUCUAUUCUGGAAUGCGAGAGAAUCAUACGUUACCAAUGAUCUGGGUCAAACGACAAUCAGAUUUAUUGGGCCAUCCGAUACUCCAGUAAUCCCAUGGACGUUUGGUCCCUUUCCUGCUGGAUUAGGACAAAAAUUUACACUUCCAAUCGAAUAUGCACUAGAUCCAUUCUCAGUUUUAUCAAAAGGCACAGUGUCGAUUCCCAAUUCUGGACCAGAAUCACCAGUCAGUCCCUUAUCGCCAAUACACCUGUCUGCACUCUCUGCCACCGCGCCAUUGCUGAAUGACUCGACACCUACAUCGUCUGGUCCGCUUUUUGAAUCCAACAAUCCAAUUGCCGUUUCCACCGUAGAAAACUCUGUUGUAAACAUUGAUUUGCAUAAUGAUGUUUCCGAGAUACCGCAAGAAGGCAUUGAGCAAUUUGAAGCGUCAUUGGUAAUGCCAGGUGCUUUGUUUCCGCUGUGUGUUCAUUUUGAAGCAGAUUUGGACAGAGGCGUUCAUAUUGAUGAUUCAGAAUCCCCACCACCCAAUUCUCAGACCUCCUUUAUAACAUUCGCUAUAAACCAACAAAAAGAAUUCCAAGCCAAGAUUAUUAAGCAGUUGUUGAUGAUUAAUGGAGCAUCAUACGCUGUUCAAGAGAUUUUUGGAUUUACUGAGCCAGAAAGCUCCACGAGCACAUACGAAUCACCAUCCAGUUCAAAAGAAUGUGUGAUAUGCAUGUCGGAAGCCAAAGACACUAUCGUACUGCCAUGCCGCCAUUUGUGUCUCUGUGGCGGUUGUGCUGAUGUUCUUCGAAUGCAAGGAAGGAAUACAACUGGCACUACUAAUAGAGGAGGCCCUCCAAAAUGCCCAAUCUGUCGUCAAGGUAUUUAUCAAGCUCAAUUGGUAAAUCUACCAGAGCCAUUUAUAGCCAGAGAUUCCAUUGCUUCUCGUCGAAGGUCCAAAGUGGCGAGCAGAGCCUCUCUUAUUGUUGCUCCAUUGGAUACCCACGGUGGCAAUGAUGGCACUAUUAAUGUCAACAUGGUAGCAUCCUAG